AUGCCCCGAGGUCCAACGCGUUGGGUCGACCCGUUCUUCGAGUGGCUGCCCGUCGUAGGCGUCGUUAUGCUGUUGAGCUGGACGUACUACGUCUACAUGAGCGUCCUCUGCGGCAGUAUGAUCGAGGACCUCGCUUGGCGUGCUCAACUGGCGGUCGUCUUUCACGUGUUGUUCUUGCUUUGCCUCUGGUCCUUCAUCUACACCAUUCUGGCCGGCCCACUGCAGAUUCCCGUCUACUUCAGCCUCAGCGAUAACGAAAGAGAACGGCUCGACGCGACCAAGGGUUUCGACGAGCGUCGGCAGUACCUGGAAGGGCUGGGCAACAGGCGGGGAGUGCUGACGCUGGGCAUAGACGGCUGCGUCCGAUACUGCGCCAUAUGCCAGCGCAUCAAACCCGACCGAUGCCACCAUUGCUCUUGGUGCAGGAGGUGCGUCCCAAAGAUGGACCACCACUGCCCGUGGUUGAACAACUGCGUCUCCUUCACGAGCCAGAAGUCGUUCCUGUUGACCACGGCGUACGCGUGCCUGCUGGCCGCUUUCUCGGCGAUCACCUCCGUUGUACACGCCGUCUACUCGUGGUUCAACCCGGGCUUCUCCUUUGCCACAAUCAACGUCAGCGCUCUCGUCGUUGGCGGUAUUUACUUGUCGCUCGGCAUCGGCAGCUUCUUCUACCUUCACCUUGACAACACGUUCCGCAACGUCACCACGCUCGAAAAGAUGCGCGCGACGGUGUUCAGGGAGGCUGGCGAUUCGUUCGACUUGGGCCGCCAGAAGAACCUGCAGCAGGUAUUCGGGCAGUCGAAGCCCCUGUGGCUGCUGCCGUUGUUCACUAGCCUCGGGGAUGGCACUCGCUUCCCCACGAAGUUGCACCCGGACCCCGACCGCCUUCAGCUACCAUUGGCUCUCGCAACGAAGGACGGGCUCGCAGGAACUCCAGGCGCCCAGCGCACGUGCCGCACGGGUAGCCCACGCAUCGUGCGAACUCCCGAUCAGCAGGCAGCGUGCGAAGAACAGCGCCGACAGCCGCUCCAGGCCCUGCUGCGUGACGAAAGCCUGCUGCGUGAUGAAAGCGGGCGAUGGUUCGGUGGGCACGGGGAUGCAGCAGAGGCUAUUGGUGCUCUGGUCUGA